CUUUGUUAAAUGCGGGGGCUCCCUUAGCACGGUUGCCUCGACCUCUUUAGCUCGAGUCGCGCUCGCCCCGCGUCCCCGGAGCCUCCUCCCCGCUCGCGGGAAGUCAGUGCACCGCCCGCCAGUCCUCUAAACGCCUCGCGCUCCUUAACUCAGGCCUCGAGGUUUCUCUGCGCUCCCCGCGUCUCUAUCCGCGGAGUCCUCUGGACCCCUCUAGCCCAUCAGUACCCUCAGGUCCUUGUCAUUCCUCCGCCAGGUUGGACCCGGGAGCCACCCCGCUCCCUUGCCCAGCUUGGCUGACAGAGUAGCUAGUGAUCCCAGCUCUUGAGAGAUGGUUGGGUAGGGAGAGAGUCUAGCUCAGGACUGAACAGGUAGGGCCUUCCCUGGAUAUCAGAAAUGGACUGACUGACUUCCAGGCAGCUGCAGCAGCAAGUGGCCUGCCCACUGAGGGUGAUCAGCAAGACCAAUGCCAAUGAGAUAGAACUUGUCUGUUAGACUGGCCCCUGAGGAUCAGUGAACCUGAACCAGCUCCCCAAAGCUGCCCCACAGCCCAGGCCUGAGCAGUCCUGGGAAGCCCAGCCAGUGUGAGGGGCCUGAACUGAGGGCCCACACCACCCUGCGGCAGACCUUCAGUCCCCACCAGCUGUCGGCCAUGGAGAAGAUGUCACGUGUGACUACGGUGCUGACGGGCCGCACUAUGCAUUGCCACCUGGACGCUCCGGCCAAUGCCAUCAGCGUGUGCCGGGACGCAGCCCAAGUGGUGGUGGCGGGCCGCAGCAUCUUCAAAGUGUAUGCCAUCGAGGAGGAGCAGUUUGUGGAGAAGCUGAACCUGCGCGUGGGCCGUAAGCCCUCGCUCAACCUGAGCUGUGCCGACGUGGUCUGGCACCAGAUGGACGAGAACCUCCUGGCCACAGCGGCCACCAAUGGCGUGGUGGUCACUUGGAACCUGGGCCGACCAUCCCGCAACAAGCAGGAUCAGCUGUUCACGGAGCACAAGCGCACGGUGAACAAGGUCUGUUUCCAUCCCACUGAGGCCCACGUGCUACUCAGUGGCUCCCAGGAUGGUUUCAUGAAGUGCUUCGACCUGCGCCGGAAGGACUCGGUCAGCACCUUCUCAGGACAGUCGGAGAGUGUGCGGGACGUGCAGUUCAGCAUCCGAGACUACUUCACCUUCGCCUCCACCUUCGAGAAUGGCAACGUGCAGCUCUGGGACAUCCGGAGGCCUGACCGCUGCGAGAGGAUGUUCACAGCCCACAACGGGCCCGUCUUUUGCUGCGACUGGCACCCCGAGGACAGAGGCUGGCUGGCCACGGGCGGGCGUGACAAGAUGGUGAAGGUCUGGGACGUGACUACGCCCCGCGCCAGGGAGGUGCACUGCGUGCAGACCAUCGCCUCGGUGGCCCGAGUCAAGUGGAGGCCCGAGUGCCGCCACCACCUGGCCACUUGCUCCAUGAUGGUGGACCACAACAUCUACGUGUGGGACGUGCGCCGGCCCUUUGUGCCGGCCGCCAUGUUCGAGGAGCACCGGGACGUCACAACGGGCAUCGCCUGGCGACACCCCCACGAUCCCUCCUUCCUGCUGUCGGGCUCCAAGGACAGCACGCUGUGCCAGCAUUUGUUCCGAGACGCCAGCCAACCCGUGGAACGAGCCAACCCCGAGGGUCUCUGCUACGGACUCUUCGGGGACCUGGCCUUUGCUGCCAAGGAGAGCUUGGUGGCCACUGAGUCUGGGCGCAAGCCCUACGCAGGUGACCGGCGCCACCCGAUCUUCUUUAAACGCAAGCUGGACCUCGCGGAGCCCUUCGCGGGCAUGGCCUGCAGUGCCCUCAGCGUCUUUGAGACAGAGACCAGCGGCAGUGGCAUAAGCUGGUUUGUGGACACUGCCCAGCGUUACGCUCUGGCCGGCCGUCCACUGGCUGAGCUCUGCGACCACAAUGCCAAAGUGGCCCGGGAGCUGGGCCGGAACCAGGUGGCUCAGACGUGGACCAUGCUGAGGAUCAUCUACUGCAGCCCUGGCCUGGUGCCCUCCACCAACCUUAACCACAGCGUGGGCAAGGGCAGUUCAGGAGGUCUGCAGCUCAUGAACAGCUUCAACCUAAAAGAAAUGACCCCAGGGCUGGGCGGAGAGACCUGGCUGGACCGCAGCAAGGGUGACACUCGCAGCGACACCGUUCUGCUUGAUUCCUCCGCCACGCUCAUCACCAACGAGGACAACGAGGAGACGGAGGGCAGCGACGUGCCAGCCGACUACCUCCUGGGUGAUGUGGAAGGAGACGAAGAGGAGCUGUACCUGUUGGACCCGGACCACACACAUCCGGAGGAGCCAGAGUAUGUCCUGCCCCAGGAGGCGUUUCCACUGCGCCACGAGAUCGUGGACACCCCCCCGGGGCCCGAGCACUUGCAAGACAAGGCCGACUCACCACACGUGAGUGGCAAUGAGGCAGAUGCGGCAUCGCUAGUACCUGUGGACCCGUCGUUCUCGCUGAUCUCCGUGUCGCGCGCACUCCACGACAGCCGCCUGCCGCCCGACUUCUUCAGCACCCUCGUGCGCGACAUGCUGCACUUCUACGCCGAGCAGGGUGACGUGCAGAUCUGCCUCAACCAGGCCUCCACCUCCCUGCACGUCAACUGCAGCCACUGCAUGCGGCCCAUGAGCGGCCGAGGCUGGGUCUGCGGCAGGUGCCACCGCUGCGCCAGCAUGUGCGCCGUCUGCCACCACGUGGUCAAGGGCCUGUUCGUGUGGUGCCAGGGCUGCAGCCACGGCGGCCACCUGCAGCACAUCAUGAAGUGGCUGGAGGGCAGUUCUCACUGUCCGGCCGGUUGCGGCCACCUCUGUGAAUACUCCUGACGGCCGCCGCGACUGCGCAUGCCUCUGCCCGCACUGAGCCAGGCCAAAGGACCGAAGCCGGUCAACUCAUUAAAGCUUGUGAAGGAGUC